AUGCAGGAACAUCUGCGAGAUACUAGAGUGAAAUUCUAUACUCGUUCAAUCUAUGUGACUCGAAACGAGACAGAGAUUGCCGGUUUUUUGACCACACUAGCUGAAAAAUUUGUUCAGGAUGUCAGUGUUGGAUCCUAUCCUGCUUUCCACAAUAGUUAUUAUCGUGUCUUGGUCACCUUGGAUUCGCAAUGUCCAAAAGCGCUAGAAGAAGCUCACCAGGAAGCUCUCGUUCAUUUUGGUUCGGAUGUGACCAACUAUGAACCGAAUCCGGUGCGAAAUGCUGCCGAGUAUGUUUACCGGCUAGCCACGAAAUCCACCGAUCUAGGAAAGCGUGUGUCUGAAGCGAUACAAACUAUCGAAUCCGCACUUGAUCGAUACACGUGA